AGUAAAAUUAGAGAAUCCGGGAAGGACCCCGGCGGCGUGGUGACGUCAUCAUUCAGCGUUUACACGGAAGUGGUGAGCAGCGUUUCCGGGUCAAAGAGCUGUGUGUGGAGAGCUGGGAUUUCGGGCUGUUUGUACUCCGCUGUGUUCAGGUAGUUGGACCAAUGCCGAAAGUAAAGCGAAGCAGGAAGCCUCCUCCAGAUGGAUGGGAGCUGAUAGAACCUACAUUGGAUGAACUUGAUCAGAAAAUGAGAGAAGCUGAAACCGAGCCUCAUGAAGGGAAGAGGAAAGUGGAAUCUCUGUGGCCAAUAUUCCGUAUUCAUCAUCAAAAAACUCGUUAUAUAUUUGACCUCUUUUACAAGAGAAAAGCUAUAAGCAGAGAAUUGUAUGAUUAUUGCAUCAGAGAAGGGUAUGCAGACAAGAAUCUUAUUGCAAAAUGGAAAAAACAAGGGUAUGAGAACUUGUGCUGCUUACGUUGCAUACAAACUAGAGAUACAAAUUUUGGAACCAACUGCAUUUGUCGAGUCCCCAAGAGCAAGCUUGAAGUGGGGAGAAUUAUUGAGUGCACGCAUUGUGGCUGCAGAGGAUGCUCUGGAUAAAGACCUGUUUGUUUUUUUUUUUUGUUUUUUUUUCAUUUAUAGUGUUUUAAAAUGGUAAUUGUUUGUUCCAGAUAUCUUAAUGCUAUUCAAUGUGUUUUAAUAAACUUGAUGUCCACCUUUUGUUUGCUUUUA